AUGAAAGAGCAUCUGCCCCCUGGUAUAUCAAUAGCCAAAUCGGAGAAUCUUGAAGAGUGGCAGAUGGAUAUUCGAGUCUUGGACGAGAAUCCGCUUUAUCAAAAUCAGGUCUAUCGACUCAAAUUCACGUUCUCGUCGAAGUAUCCAAUAGAGCCGCCGGAAGUCCAGUUCAUCGAGCUGCCUAGCACGUCUGAGACCCCUCGCCCGAUCCCGAUCCACCCGCACAUAUACAGCAACGGAAUCAUAUGCCUGGACCUCCUCAGUUCAGCCGGCUGGUCACCUGUACAAACGGUUGAGAGCGUCUGCAUGAGCAUUCAGAGCAUGCUGACCGCAAAUACACGUGACGAACGACCUCCAGGCGACAGCGACUUCGUCUCGUACAACCGACGCCGGCCCCGCGACAUCAACUUCUUUUACGAUGAUGACAACGUAUAA